GACCUUCCACCUCGAUAAAAGCCAGCCGAGCACGCAGGCGCCGGGAGCUGGCAUCGAGCAGAGCAGAUGGCUACUCGCUGGGGAAUCUGCAGCGCUGGCAGAAUCAGCCACGAUUUCGUGGUGGCUCUAAAGACCCUCCCGGACACGGACCACCAGGCAGUUGCUGUGGCCAGCCGGGACUUUUCGCGAUCUCGGGACUUUGCAGAGCGACACCAAAUCCCGAUAUACUACGGUUCGUACGAGGAGCUGGCGAACGAUCCCAAUGUAGAUGUUGUCUACGUGGGGACCAUUAACACGCAGCACCUGGACAUGACUUUGCUCAUGCUUCAGGCAGGGAAGAAUGUGCUCUGUGAGAAGCCCAUGGCCAUGAAUCUGAGAGACGUUCAAAAGCUGGUGUGUACGGCCCGAGCCUGCAACUGCUUCCUCAUGGAGGGUCUUUGGUCAAGGUUCUUCCCCGUCUACGACAAGAUUCGAAGUCUACUAUCUCGGAAUCAUGUGGGGGAGGUUAAAAUGGUGAGAGCUGAAUUUGGCACGUGGAUGCUGGAGACACCACGAGUGGUGGAGAAAGAGCUGGGUGGAGGAGUACUCCUGGAUAUUGGCUGCUACUGUGUACAGUUUGCCUGCAUGGUUUUCAAUGGUGAGAAGCCAGAUUCCAUUCAUGCUACAGGAUUCCUCACAGAGAAAGGUAUUGAUGAAACAGUGACCAUCGUACUGAAGUACUCCAGGAAACGCAUGGCUAUAUUAACUGUAACCAUGGCAACACAGCUUCCUAACCAGGCAGUUAUCAGUGGUACCAAGGGCAUAAUCACGGUGCCAAGCCACAUGUGGUGCCCCACAAGUCUCACGGUCAACGGAGUCAUAGAGGAGUUCCCAUUGCAAACUCCAUCUCAGCCCCUCAACUUCACCAACAGUAUUGGUCUAAGGUACGAGGCGGAGGAAGUACGGCGGUGCCUUCAGAAAGGACUGAAGGAAUGUUCCCAGGUGACACUGGCUGACAGUGAGCUGAUGAUGAGCAUUUUGGAUGAGGUUCGAAAGCAGCUUGGGGUGGAAUACAGUUGAGAUGCAGCUUGAAAAUAAGAACCCUGACACCAGUGCCAUUACAGAGCCACGUUUGAGUCAAACUGCACAGGAACCAGUGUUUGCACAUGUGCACACUUGCAUCCAUUACAUAAUUUUUUUUUUGUCUUGAAAUAGGCAACCAGAUUGGAAAGAUAGUGUGAUAUAAUCAAAUUCAACGCAAUAAACUGUGCACCUGA